CAAAGGGAUAACGGACACACAGAUGAAGAGUCACGAGCUCAGGCGGAAUGAUUUUGUUUAAAAAUGACAGAGGCAGAGGACGCGGUGAAUGAAGCUUGGAGCUUUGAGCACAUAAAAAUGGAUGUGUCAAAAAGGAUAGUCAGACACCUGGAACCAGCGAGACCACUGCGCCGUUUCCGCUUGAAUCAAGUUCCUCAAAGCUAUGCUGAGACUAGACCAAUAGAAAAACCCGACAACAUUAUUACAGUGGAGAAUUUCUAUGAAAUCCUGCACCUUAAAAGCACCGAGACCCAACAAAAGAAGAAAGUUGAAAGAAUUUGCUACACUAGGGAUUUCCUAGUUAAGAUGGCAAACAGUCCAAUGUCUAAGGAGAAACCUGAGUUUUUACCAGAUCAUCCAGUUGUUUUGAAGAAUGGAAGACCCAGUGACCUGCCCAGAUACUUCUCCACCAGUUACAACAACAACAACUACAAACACUUGUCUGACUAAAUUGGAAAAUUUUUAUUGUUUUGUUUUGUGUUCUUUUAAAUUGAUAAAAAAUGGUGACCAAAGUGGGACGUCUUCAAAAUCACUUGAGUUUACAAGUUAGUUAUAAAUGGUAUAAAACCACCUUAAGCUUCACAAUAAAAAUUGAGGUUUUGUAAAGACAAAUAUUAUUUUUAAAAUGAAAAAGUCAUUUUCUCAAUUUCUGAACAUGGUUUGUUUUCUCCAGACAGUUGGAAUUUCUAUUAUUGUUUCUAACCAUCGGACAGGUUUGAUGUCAGACUCAGGCUUUUGAACCUUGCUAAAUAUUGUAUAUGUUGUGUUGAUACACUGCUUUAUUCAUUUGAUGUGUUAAAGUUCACGGUGUAGCUUGAAGUGGGCUUGAAGUGUUAAAGACUAAAGUGAUGUGCACCUUAAACCACUGACCUAUUUCUAGCAAGUUCAUAUGUCUGUGUAAGGCUUUAUCGAAUCACACUGGAAUAUUUUCCUUUUGGACAAGAUAUUAUAAAAGCAAAUGCUGUUUGCAAGCAAAAUAGAACUGUCACUUUGACAAUUAUUAAAUCUGAUCGGUAACAAAGAGGUUUUUUAAAGGAACUCUCCAUUUUUUUUUAGUUGACUGAUAUGGUAUGGUUAAACAGUUGAGUUUUACUAUUUUUGAAUCCAUUCAGCCGAUCUCCAGGCACUUUUAGAUAAGCAUAAAUAAUUGAAUGUUUAAACUGUUAGCGUCUCGCCAAACAAUUUUCCUAUUUUAAAGCUUGACUCUUCUGUAAUUACAUUGUGCACUAAGACUUGACAGUUGCUAUUCUUUCAGCCGAUAUGGCUAGGUACUUGUUCAGAUGUAAUAAUCAAGGCCAUACCAUGACUGCAGUAGGUGCAAUAUUACGCAGCAACUAAAAUAGUGUCCAGCCAUAUCGACCUAGAAAAAAAAAUUCUACCAGAAACUACAGCCUAGUCGAGUUUUAAAUAUGAAAAUUAUUUUUUUAUUAAUUUUUAAGCAAGAUGCUAAUGGUCUAAUCCAUUUCAAUGAUCUAUGCUAAGCUAGGCUAAAUGUUUUUUUUUCCGCUAGAUCGGUUGAAUGGAUCUAAAAAUGGUAAAACUCAACUGUCUUAACUUCAGGGCAGUUGUAACAUUUUUACUCAAGUUAUUUUUCUAUUUUUCCUAGCGCAACACCUUAAAUACAUCUUUCUUCUUGAUAUGAGUAUGUGUGACAUGUAUGUCAAUGUUGUGGAUUGGAUUGGAGUACGGACGUAUUUGUUACAGUACUAUAUCUUUUCAGUAUUAGAGAUUACUUCAAAAAUGUUUGAUUAUAAACUCUGGAUCUUGUGCAAGGAUCCUCCUCCACUAUUUGCACAUUUGGUUAAAGGCAAUAUUUAUAUCACAGUGUGGUGUAUUAGCUCUUUGAAUCCAUUACACUCAGUAAAGAAUUGUCUUUUACUUGA